AUGGCAGACCUAGACAACCUGUUCAACUCGCCCCCGCGGCCACCGCCCCGCCGCUCUAUCCCACCAGAUUCACCUCCAACACCCGUAGCUGGCCCUUCCCGCUCCUCCCCCUCCGCCAACCCCCUCUUCCUCUCCCCCGGUUCCGCUACCGACACGCCUCGCCGCCCCACCGCCGCCCAGCGCGCAAGUUUUCCCGUUGUUGACCUCAACGACGCGCCCGCGGACGUUGACGCGGAUGACCCAAUCAACUUCGACUGGGACUUUGACUAUACGCGCGCUGCCGCUCGUCCUGCCGCGACCUCACGAGGGCUGGGAACGACGCAACGGGAUCGCGACGUGGACAUCGCACGUCCAAAUGGAGACUUUGAAGAUGCGCUGGAUCCGUUCGCGGCUGUCCGGAAUGGGGACGAGGAUGGGGAAGGGGCGCCAAAGAAGCGGAGGGUCAUGGCGAAGGUGGACGCGGACAGGUUGACGGGAGAUGAUGGGAUCUUGAAGUUGAUGAAGGCGGCCAAGAAGUUCAAGGUCAAAGGGAAGGGCAGAGAGGCGGAAGAUCUGAAGGAUCUGCUCAACGUGUAUCAGAUGUGGGCGCACGGCAUGUUCCCCAAGGGAGACUUUAUGGGCACGAUGCAGCGCGUCGAGGUGGUCUGUAGGACGCGUCGAAUGGAGUCCGCGAUGAAAGGGUACCGGGAUGCAUUCUAUCCUCGUCCUCGUACACCGACCCCUCCACCCCGCCAGUCCCUCUCACCUCCCGCAGACGACCCACCACGAGCACGGACCAAGUCGCCUACACACUCGCGCGAGCCUUCUCCCGACGCCACAGCCAUGUUUGGCACGAAGGAGCCACUCUUCUCCGACGGUGGCGACGCAGACAUGGACGAGGAGGACGGGCCGGACCUGGACGAGCUGAGGGCGAUGGAGGAGAUGGAGGCGGCUAUGGCGAGCGGGGAUGGGGAUGCGCAAGCAGGCCCGGCGGAAUCUAGUAGAGGGGGAGGCGCCAAGGCUGCAGCUCCACCCGAAGAAGAGGACGAGUGGGAGGGACUGUACGAUUGA